AUGAGAACACUCAACCAAAAGGUCAAAGCUGAGACAGUGUCAAAGGAGACAUCAGAAAGGAGAACACUCAACCUAAAAGUCAAAGCUAAGACAGUCAAAGCUGAGACAGUGUCAAAGGAGACAUCAGAAAGGAGAACAUUCAACCAAAAGGUCAAAGCUGAGACAGUGUCAAAGGAGACAUCAGAAAGGGGAACACUCAACCAAAAGGUCAAAGCUGAAAAAGUGUCAAAGGAGACAUCAGAAAGGAGAACACUCAACGAAAAGGUCAAACCUGAGACAGUGUCAAAGGAGACAUCAGAAAGGAGAACAUUCAACCAAAAGGUCAAACCUGAGACAGUGUCAAAGGAGACAUCAGAAAGGAGAACAUUCAACCAAAAGUAUCAUGAGAGACAUCAGAAAGGAGAACGCUCAACCAAAAGGUCAAAACUGAGACAGUGUCAAGAGAGACAUCAGAAAGGAGAACGCCCAACCAAAAGGUCAAAGCUGAGAAAGUGUCAAAGGAGACAUCAGAAAGGAGAACACUCAACCAAAAGGUCAAAGCUGAGACAGUGUCAAAGGAGACAUCAGAAAGGUGAACGCCCAAGCAAAAGGUCAAAGCUGAGACAGUGUCAAGGGAGACAUCAGAAAGGAGAACGCCCAACCAAAAGGUCAAAGCUGAGACAGUGUCAAGGGAGACAUCAGAAAGGAGAACGCCCAACCAAAAAGUCAAAGCUGAGACAGUGUCAAGGGAGACAUCAGAAAGGAGAAUACUCAACCAAAAGGUCAAAGCUGAGACAGUGUCAAGGGAGACAUCAGAAAGAAGAACACUCAACCAAAAGGUCAAAGCUGAGAAAGUGUCAAAGGGGACAUCAGAAAGGAGAACAUUCAACCAAAAGGUCAAAACUGAGAAAGUGUCAAAGGAGACAUCAGACAGGAGAACACUCAACCAAAAGGUCAAAGCUAAGACAGUGUCAUGAGAGACAUCAGAAAGGAGAACACUCAACCAAAAGGUCAAAACUGAGACAGUGUCAAGGGAGACAUCAGAAAGGAGAAUACUCAACCAAAAGGUCAAAGCCGAGACAGUAUCAAAGGAGACAUCAGAAAGGAGAACACUCAACCAAAAGGUCAAAGCUGAGACAGUGUCAUGAGAGACAUCAGAAAGGAGAACGCCCAACCAAAAGGUCAAAGCUGAGACAGUGUCAAAGGAGACAUAAAAAUGAGAACACUCAACCAAAAGGUCAAAGCUGA